AUGGCAAAAAGUGAUGGCGCGGUCCGUCGAAGACAGGCGCGCGAGGAGCGAGAGGACGCGAUCGAGGAGCGACGCGCGAAGGCGCGAGAGGAGAAGAAUCUGUGCUGCGGCGUCAGCUCGCUGCACGUGUUCUUCCUCCUCCUGUUCUUCCUCCCGACGAUGUUCGGCGUCGCGGACUACUUCUUCAAGUUCAGCGAGGUUCCCGGGGGCGCGCACGGUGCGCUCGAUCCGUCGCAGGCGGUGUGGAGGGAGAAACUUAAGGCAUUCUACGGCGAGAACAACCCUGGGAAGAUCGGCGAGAUCCCUAAGCUGUUGGCGCGUUUUCUCUCUCCACGCGACCUCGUUCGCAUCGUCGGGCCGAGCGGACGUCGUUCCUCGAUGACUUUCCCCGCUUUCGAUUCGAUUCUCUUCGCCCGUUUUUUUCCGUUACACGCGCGCUCGGCCGCGACGCCGUUCGACUGA